AUGGAGUUGAAAGUCUGGGUAGAUGGAGUACAGAGAGUGGUAUGUGGAGUAACAGAGCAAACAUCGUGUCAGGACGUGGUCAUUGCACUGGCCCAGGCCAUAGGCCAGACAGGGCGCUAUGUCUUAAUCCAGACACUACGGGACAAGGAGAGACAGCUUCUGCCCCACGAGAGACCUUUGGAGUACUUGUCCAAGAGUGGACAAUAUGCCAAUGACGUCAAUUUCAUACUGAAACGCACAGGGCCCAGCUUAGCUGAACGCCCGUCCUCAGACAGUGGUCCACUUCCUCCAGAGAGGACUUUUGCAAGGUCCAGCCUGCCUCUUAAUCCUAAAGCACACAGUACAGAGGUCACAAGGUCGAAAGAACCAAAAAAAUCAUUGACUUUUAAUUUGGGACCUAUGAGUUCAAGUGACCUUUUGCUAAAACACAGGCAGAAGCAGCAAAAUGGUACAGUUGCAAAAGACAGUUCUCCUAGGCAACCCAGUAAGGAUGAUAUAUUUAAGAUGGUGUUACAACAACAGGAACAGCUAAAAGCCUUGGAAAUGCAGAAUGUCUCUUUAGGCAAGGACCUCCAGACAUGGGAACGAGGCAGGUUGGUGGACCCCAUGAGGAGGAUGAGGAUGAAGUGGCUUUCUUUGAGAGGCUUAUCCGCCGAAAUGAAUCGGAACUUGGAGAGGAAAUGUUUUGGAUGGAUGAACUGGAGAGAGAGAGAGCCGAUGAGCAAAAAAGGCAGGAGAAAAUGAGAAACUUAAGAACCACAAUGGAAGAUUACACCUUGAAAAUCAAAGAGCUGAGUGACAGGACUGAGGCUUUAGAGAAGGAAAUCCAGAAAGAGACCUCAAAGCGACUUUCUGGGGAACCCAGCCCAGCUGAAAUUGAGGAAAUGGUGACUAAAAUGAGAAAAGAACUGGAGGCAAAGAAUGAACAGAGCCAACAAAUGGAGACUAAUUUGUCCAAUGUGGAAAGGGCCUGCGAGGAAGCCAAAAGAAUCCUUGAGGUCAAAACUGAGGAACUCGAGGAUCUCAACAAGGACCUCAGACAGUGUAACCUUCAGCAAUUCAUUCAGCAGACAGGAUCUAUUGUCACCAAUGGGCAGCCACGACCAAAUGAAGAAUUCCUAAAUGAACAAAGCCUCUCACAAUGGGAAGGACAGCAUAGAAGUUUAGGGCCCACUGAUUCUUUGCCACGACAUUUGACAGGUCAUCCUCGGAAUUUACAGAACUCCCUGCUCUCUAGUCGGAACCCUGAGGUAAUGCCUUCUCGAGACACAUCCUGGACAUGA